AAGCUAAUUGAUGAGGAUGAUGAUAGAUUGGUGGUGUGUGAUGGUUGACGAAGGUGAAGGUUCACUGGGUUGGUGAAGUAGUGAGAAAUAGGCGUUGAUGGACUUGAGUUGCUACUUUUGAAUUAUAUGCAGAGUGAAAAUGGACUUGGCCUAGAAGCAACUAGGGCCAAACCACAAUAAAUUUCCCCAGUGACACCAUCCCAAAAUGUGUAAAUAUCCUAAUCAUUCACUCAGCAUAUUGUUGUUCAUGAAGGAAGAAAAAAUGUUGCACUUGUGAUUAUGAGUUUAACUGGAAGCUUCUUUUAUGUUUGAAACAUGGGUGUUGCUUUGGUACCCUUUUAAACGGGUUUGGGUACCCUUUCACAUGGAGCCAAUGAAGAGAUACCAUAAGUGAAUUGCUCGUCCACGUAGGUGGGGACCCUCUCGUUUUUCAGGGAUCCUUUUAUUUUCUUUCACAAUGGGUCCUCGACAGUGCCAAGUCUGCACCGAAGCUUUGUCCAAGUACAAGUGCCCUUCAUGCUACUUACCUUAUUGUUCUCUGGUCUGUUACAAGAAACACAAAGAAUUGCCAUGUGUCAAGCCGCAACCUUUGGAGGUCAUAACAACCGCUGUUCCAGAAUCACUUGUAGAAAAGACAUUAGUAGUUGAUGAAAGAAGUGAGGUGUUGCAAAAAUUCCAACUGGAGGCAAUAGCCUCUUCCAGGGAGAUUCGUGAUUCUUUGAAUGAUAAAGCCCUUCAAGAUUUAAUUUGUCGCAUUGAUUCUUCCUCAAAUGCAAAGGAUGAACUUGAUAAGGCUAUGGCAGAGGAGGCAUUUCGCUUGUUCACUGACAAGAUUUUAUCAACCAUCAAUCCCUAACUGCAAACACUGGUUGCUGAAAGGAGAAGUUGUGCAAUAUGAAAGGAGCCGCAGAUAGACCGUCCAAAUUUUGCUGGUUUUGGUUAAUAUUUCUUUUUCAUUUGUACAGUUUUUUGCUGUGAUUCAGCCUUUAAUAUAUGAAAAUUUUGAAUCUUCAUCGUGGCAUUGUAUUUAACUGAAUUUUGAAGUCCUGGUGAAUUGGUGUUUGUAUUGAUAAUGACAUGUGGUACGUGAACCAAGUUGGCUAUCUAAUAAUUGGAGAUGGAGAAAAUUAUAGGAG